AUGAGGGGCUGGGCAGUCGUCUUUGGAGGACCAACACUCGCUCCGUACACGCCUACGACUAAUCGCUCUGCAAAAGUACUAAGAAAUCGCAGUAGGUACAGGGCUUCAUUGCCUCUGCCUUUUUCUGGGUGUCAAGUGAAACCACAUGGCCUCUUUACUUGGCAGUGUAAAAAAACUCUCAACUGUGCAUUAUCAUCUUCCGAACCCAGUUGGGUUGAUGUUGAUGAGUCAAGAGAUUUCGGGGAUGAUGAGUUUAUAGUGGUGAAUUUCUACCGUUUUGUGUUCAUCAAAAACCCAGAAGAGGAGGUGUCCAAACACCUCGCCUUUUUGCAGGAUCGUGACAUACACGGAAGAAUAUAUCUGAAUGAGCAGGGGAUAAAUGCGCAGUACAGUGGGCCAUCAAAAGAUGCUUUUGCAUAUGUUAAAUGGUUGAAAGAAGACCAUAGGUUUUCUGGGAUAUUGUUCCAAGUUUCUGUUGCUUCGAAGGGGCAUGCAUUUCCAAGAUUGAAGCUACGAUAUAAGCCCUCACUGGUACAGUUGGAAGGAGGGAUUUCACAUCUUCCUUUGCUUGACCCAUCAAUGCGAGCCACACCUCUCACCCCAUCUCAAUGGAGGAAUAGAUUGGAAUCAGUAAAUAAGUUGGACAAUGCAUCAGAUCUCACCACAAAGAGUGUUCUACUUGAUGUGAGAAACGGUUAUGAAUGGGAUGUUGGCCACUUUCGUGGGGCUCAACGGCCUGAUGUGGGAUGCUUUCGAAGCACUUCAUUUGGACUGUCCAAAUCAGAGGUCAUUGCUUCAGAUCCUUUAGCUGGUGUUGACAAAGAGAGAACGGAUAUAUUGAUGUACUGUACUGGAGGUAUCCGUUGCGAUGUAUAUUCAGCAAUCCUUAGACAAAGGGGUUUCAAAAAUUUGUAUACUUUGAAGGGUGGCGUUUCCCAUUUUCUCAAGAGUGAAGGCCCACUGGAAUGGGUCGGGAAUUUAUUCGUUUUUGACUCCCGUCUUUCUCUACCACCUCCUGGCUACAAGGCCGAAGUUAUGACAGAAUCAAGUGGGAUAGAAGAACAUUCCAAGAGUAGUUCAUUUGCUAGAUGCUACACAUGUGGGUCACAACUUUUUGAGUUGAGGCACCGUAACUGUGCAAAUCUUGAUUGCAACCUGCUUUUUCUCCAGUCGUUUGCCUCACUGGGGGAUUCUUGGUCUGUUCGUGAAGUUGUUAUGGAGAAGACUGGAGUGUUUGGUUGA